CCUCCCCUCCCUGGGUGAGACUCUUGACUUCUCUCUCAGCUUUAUGAGCGCUUUGAAACGGCAACAGAUUCCUCUCCGGGAAUAGGGGUCGGUACACACCUUAAGCCUGCAAGGGGUGGCGAGUUUCCAAAACGAGCAUCUCUGGAAGGGUAAUAAAGAGAGAGAGGGGGAACCUGCAAGACAACGAGGACAUCCCUGGUGAUGUGAUGCUCUUAGGGUAGGGCUUUAGGACAGGUGUCUGGGGCCCCAUGAAGUAGAAUGAGCUGGAGGGCCCCCAAACCUGGCAGGGCUCGCUUGCCACAUUAUUAAGUGAAGUACUACAGUGGUUAAGGUGUUGGACUACGAUCUGGGAGACCAGGGUUCGAAUCCCCACACAGCCACGAAGCUCACUGGGUGACCUUGGGCCAGUCACUGCCUCUCAGAGGAAGGCAAUGGUAAACCACCUCUGAAUACCACUUACUGUGAAAACCCUGUUCAUAGGGUCCCCAUAAGUUGGAAUCGACUCGGAAGGCAGUACAUUUACAUUUUACUACACAUUACCAUCUAAAUAGCACCCCCACCAUGACUAUUUCAAGGCUGCUGAUUCUGCAUAAAGCUUUAGAGGAAGCCUUCUGAGAGACCGGGAGUUCUUCCAUGCUUGAGGCAAGGCUGGAAAAGAAAAGAUUGCUGAAGGAAGAGAGGAACGGCACCCCCAAUUCUAGCAAUGGUGGGCUCGAAAGUGUCGGAAGGAACUGAGAGUGCAGCAAAUGCCCCACAGCUUCUACACGUCAGGAGUCUUGGAGAGUUACAGACUGCCCUCUCUCCAGAGCAUAUAAAACGUGAACCAGAAGAGGAGCUUCAGGAGCGAUGGGAAGGGCAGUGGCAGGAGUUCCUGAGGAUGCUACAGGCCUCUUGCCUGGGUUGGGGGAGCCCUCAGCUAUCCAAGGAGCCUUCGCCGUGGGAGGAUACUCAGGCGUUCCUGGUCUCCUUUGAGCAAGUUGCCUCAGCCUGCCGGUGGCCUCAGGACAAGUGGGUGACCCUCCUCCUGCCGGCUCUCAGCGGAGAGGCCGAGCAGGCCUUCAGUAGCCUCAGUGCCUGGGACAGGGGCGACUACGGGACGGUGAAGGCAGCCAUCUUGCGAGGGGAGGCCAUCUUGAGGGAGAGGCAGCGCCAGCACUUCAGGCAGCUCCGUUAUCGGGAGGCGGAGGGGCCGAGAGGGGUUUACAGUCAGCUCCGGGAGCUUUGUGGCCGGUGGCUGAAAAUAGAGAGGUGCACGAAAGAUGAGAUUCUGGAGCUGCUGAUCCUGGAACAGUUUCUUAGCAUCCUGCCAGUAGGCAUGCAGAACUGGGUCAGGGAACAUAAGCCAGGGGACUGUGCCCAGGCAGUGACCCUGGCAGAGUGUUUCCUCUUGAGGCGGCAUGAGGCGGAAGCAAAGGUGUUUGUACCAUCCCUGGAGAUGGCCGUGGACCCUUCCGAGUCAGGCCUUGAUCCACCACUUGAUGUUUGGACCGGGUUGCUUUGCCAGAAAGCGAAGCAGGAACGAGAUGAGGCCGCGAGACCACCAAGUAGCAGGCAGGUGUGGGAGAACCAGAUGAGUACCCUUCACCGGGAAGGUUCUGAGCAAAGGGAACCAAAUGAUGCAUCUCUGGGUAGAGACGAGGAUUUUCAGUAUUGUAAGAAAGAAGUAAUGUUUGGGAGUCGGCAGGAAGAAGUGAACAAGCAGGAGGAAAAUGAUGAGAAGGGUGUGGAUGGAUCAGUUUUCUGGGCAGGAAGUUACAAAGAAGAAAGACAAUCCACAGAACAGCAAAGAUUCCAGUACAGUGAGGCACAAAAUGCCCCUUCUGACUGUGGCAGAAACUUGGGACACCAUUCAAACCUUAUGAAACAUCAGAGCAUCCACACCACCAGGGGAAAACUGCACACACCUUCCUGCUGUGGGAAUGGCUUCAGUCAGACACAGGAACUCAUUGCAGAGGUGCAAAUUCAGGCUGAGGAGAAGAAAAGGCACACAUGCUCCCACUGUGGGAAAACCUUCAGUUGUGGAUCCCUUGUUAAAGAACAUAUGAGAAUCCACACCGGGGAGUCUCCAUACAGAUGUUCAUACUGUGCCUGUUACUUCGGCCGUUAUUCGGUCCUGCGGGAUCACAUCCGAACACACACGGGAGAGAGGCCGUACGAAUGCUCAGAGUGUGGGAAGACCUUCAGCCAGAAGCACUACCUGUCAGCCCACGAGAAGAUGCACAAGGGAGGAAACCCAUACAAGUGUGUUCACUGUGGGAAGAGCUUCCCUCGGCGGUUCAUCCUUGUAAGACAUGAGAGAAUCCACACAGGUGAGAAUCCAUUUGUUUGCUCGGAAUGUGGGAAGAGCUUCAACCAGAAGGGAAACCUUGUGACUCACAUGCGGUUACACACAGGAGAGCAGCCGUACGAAUGUGCCCACUGUGGGAAGAGAUUUCGGCAGAAGGCAAGUCUCAGUUCCCACGAGAAAACCCACAAUGGAGUUAAAAGAACCAUUUAACAGAGGACUGUGCUGGUUGUACCUGGUAUAACUGAUUAUAUCGGGGUCUAAGUGGGGUUAUUGAGCAUGGGUACUGGGUUGUGGAUGGCUUAAGCAGUCAUCAGUUGCACAGGCCUAACCUGGUAUUUCAGACUGGGGUGGGUGGGGGAGUUGUUCAUCUGUUUCCUUUAGGUCUGAGAAGGACACAACUGCCUUGAGCAGUGAAGAUGCUGUGCAUCGGUGCUCACCCCUUUGAAGACAAAUGUGCAAACCUCUAAAGUGAAUUGAGCCUGGGAGUGACCAAUUCUUCCUGGUUCCAGCAGAAGCUGGCUGCUCAGGUUGCUGAUUGGCUGGACCUCAUGGCAAUCAUGGAGUUGCUUUCCCCUCCUCAACACUUCAGAAUUCUUUUUUUAAAAAAAUUGAGCCUGGGAGUGACCAGUUCUUCCUGUUUCCAGCAGAAGCUGGUUGCACAGGGUACCGAUUGGCUAUACCCUAUGGCUAUCAGAGAGUUACUCUCCCCUCCUCAGAGCUCUUUUUAAAAAAGUAAAAGUUAUGUGUGUGUGUGUGUGUGUGUGUGUUUAAAAUGUAGUGCUGUAUGCUUUAACUGUUCAAGUUGCCCAGAAACACCUUGCGUCAGGUGAUACAUUUAAUUAAGUAAUUAAUAAACAAAGAACCUGGACAGAUAAAUCCAUUUUGCAAAACGUGCAGAAUAAGAGUUGCACCUUGUGGUGCAGAAGGUUAAAGGGAAAAAGGAUGCUUGAAGCAAUGUGUCACCAGAGGAGCAAAGGCAGGAAGAAGCUGAACUGGAAAAGCUUACAUGGCGCAGGAAGUUUUUUUAUUUAUUUAUUAUUUGAUUUACAUCCCGCCCUUCCUCCCAGCAGGAGCCCAGGGCAGCAGACAAAGCACUAAAAACACUUUAAAACAUUAUAAAAAUAGACAUUAAAAUACAUUAAAACAACUUUAAAACAUUUUUUUUAAAGCUUUGAAGACAUUUUUUUAAAAAAGGUUAAAAAACAUUGUUUUUUAAAAAAAGGUUUAAAAGCAUAUUAAAAAGCAAUUCCAACACAGAAGCUGACUGGGAUAGCAGACUGGGAAGUUGUAUCAGGUUUUGGCUUUAUGUAGGAGGGAAGCCAUGCCAAACCUGGAAUGUUUGGGAGCAACUUCAACAGGCAUCCAGAACCAGGAAACCAGUGAGCUAGUGUGGCAUUGUGGUUAGAAUGUUGGACUAGGACUUGGGAGACCAGGGUUCAAAUCCCCACUCAUGCAUGAAGCUGACCUUGGGUCAGUCACUGUCCCUCAGCUUAACAUACCUCACAGGGUUGUUGUGAGGAUAAAAUGAGGAGGCAGAGAGACCCACUUUGAGCUCCUUGGAAAGGGAUAUAAAUGGAACAAAUAAUAAAACCUUCAUGACAGAGUUCAGUGGAGUUUACUGUCCAGUAAGAAUGCAUAGGGCUGCAGCUUUAAACUGGUCAUUCCAUUUCCCCUGGGAAUUCUGGGGAAUUUAGAUCUUGGGCAAGGGUGGGAACUCUCCGCCUCCUAAGGCCACACCUCUCACCAUCUUUGCUCUGUGCUCUCCUCAAGUGCUUUUGCCUGGCUGGAGCACAUCUUCGAUGCCUCUUGCUUCCCUGGAUGGAGAAGUGAGGGUGGUUGCGAGCGUGUAGAAACCUUGGCCUUUUCGCGUGGCUUGGAAUAUACUCUACUCUGUAAAGGAGGAGUGGCAUCUGUUGCUCCACCCACUUUUUUCCUAGCUUUGUCUGCCUUUGGCAUGUGGCCCCAAGGAGGUUGUCCACAGAGGAAUGCAACCCUCAGGGCUCAUCCCCUGUUUCAGUGGGAACAUAGUGCCCAUUGGAACUGAUAGGGCCAGAAAUCAGGGAGGUCAACAGUAGGGGGCACCAGAGUAAAUGGCUGGUGGAGCUAGAGCCAAUGGUGGAGCCAACUCAUUCUGGUUUUGUUCCCGUCCUCUCCCUGCUGAGUUCUACAAGGGCAGCACUAAGUACAAGGAGGCUGGUAUCCAGUGCUACACACUGGAAUGCCUGUAAGUAAGAAGGUAGGUAGGUGGGGGCUAGCUGAGGACAAACUGAGCUUGGUGGGGCAACGCCCCACUUGCCCUAUUAAACUAGUCUCUACUGCCUGUUUUUAUGCAUGGUGAGGUAUCCCAAGGUGACGGCUAAGGAUGACUCUUCAAUCAUGUACUUGGAAGUUUCUCCUUAAUUAUAUGGCAGGACGAUACAGUUGAUCUUGGCCCUUCAAAGGUGAGUGACCGUGUCUUGUUUUGCUCACCUGUAUGGGCUGCAACCAUGUCUAUGGUAGUUUUAACGGUAUCCCCAAGUGCAGAGAAGUGCAGCCACUAUUCAUUUUAAUCGACCUUUCUCAAGGUGUGUACUGGAAUUCAGGAAGCUGCUUAUAUCAGAUCAGACCAUUUUUCUGUCUACAAAAAAGAGUCAAGGUAAAAACACUCAAUUGUAGAUUAUACAAAUAUUCCAGCGGAUAAAAUAUACCCGACAGGCAAAUACUAAGAAUGCCUUCCUGUAUUCUACUUAUAGGCCAGAUGCCAAUUAAAAGUGAGUGCUCCUGAGAUUAUUCUGCCAGGCACGUUUCAACAUAACUUCUUCGGCAGCCAAACAUUCGUAAUCCAUAGGCUUCAGGGUGAAAAUGUCAUAACUGGAGCAGAUAUAAAACUUGUCCAAACUAAAGGCAUUUAAAUCACCUUUAGUUUCUAGUUGCAGUACAGACAUCCAAACAAGGAUGCCAAGUUUCAAAAAUCAUUAAGAAGCCAUAUUAACCCUUUGAAGUUGUAUUUUGAUAAGGAGAGUAGAACUGUUUUCUGUUUUUGUAUUUCUCUGUUUAACCCAAGUGUUGGGAACCUCAGACUUGGAGGGGGAAAUAUGUGGCCCUCCAGGCUUCCCUAUUUGGCCCUCGGAAGUCUCCCCAGGCCAUUGGCCCUACUUACACCCUGAGUGUUUUCCUCUGGCUGGAAUGUGUCUUUGAGCUCUGACAAUUCAAACCGCUUUUUCUACUACCAAGUGAUACAUAAAUUUUGUUAAAUAAAUUAAACAGUGCUUUCUGCUUUUCUGAAUGGAGGAUAGAGAGAGGUGUGUGUUUGUAUAUUGAAAGUAGCCUACCGUACAAAAGUAAAAUUUACUUUGUUGCUCCCUUGCCACACUUCUUCCUCUGGCCCUGCCCACCUCUGCUAUGUGGCCCUCCUAAUGUUGCUCAGAAGGGAAUGCAGCCCUUGAACAGGAAAAGAUCCCGCAGCUGUGGUCUAGCUUAGUAUUGUCUGUUCUGAUGGGCAGUGGCUCUCCAAGUCUCUCCCAUCAAUUGUUGUCUGGGGAAGGCAGGGAUGGAGCUGCUUCCUUCUGCAUAAGAAGCAAGGGCUCUUCUGCUGAGCUAUGGUCCCAGUGCACGUAUUGGUCUCUCGCAAACAAUGUCUUUGCCAUACCAAAGCCACAGUUGUUUUUCUGCUGUGGGUGGCGUUCUAUAAUGUGUGUGCUCAUC